AUGACAAAAAUAAAAAAAGUUAAUGAGCCAGCAAAUUUACUUAAUCCUAGAACAAGAGAAUAUGAAUUUUUAGGUCCAGUUGGAGCAUUUUUAAUGAUAACAUUUUUACCUAUUCUAAUGUACAUAUUACAUUUGGGCUGUACAGUAGAUGGUUGUCCUUCGCCAAAAUACAUUUCAAAAUUGAUCAAUUUAGAAUUUUUUA